AUGGCUCCAAAUUCAGUUUCCGUGGCACUUGGCUCUUUAACAAAAAGUUUCAAAAGAACCAGCAAGGAUCUAUUAAAAGCAUUCUCAUUAACAAGUAAUAGCGACAAAGAUGAUAACGAUAAUGAUAAUAAUCAACAAACAGUUAUUACUACCGCUAAAAACGACGAUGACAAUAAUUCCAAUCAGGCUACCACUAGUUAUGAAAAGUCAUUACACGCAUCAGUUGUUAGCAAAGAAAUUUUUGUGGGUGUUGAAUUAACGGAAAUUGAAUAUGACAAUACAAUCAAACAAAACUAA